UGGUAUUACUGAGGUUAUUCAGUUAUAUCGCCAUACGAGCGCAUAUGCAUAAAGCGAUAGCGCGCAUAUUCUCGCGUUCUAUCCUCACUCUCAAGUUCGGGCAGAUAGACAUUCUGUCCAAAAGGUGGGCAUGUCAUGAUUUUACCAGGGAUACUAUUUUUGCCCUCUCCUCUGGCCAUGGGAAAUGUGGUGUAGCAGUGAUUCGUACCAGUGGCCCUGCCAGUCGGGAGGCACUCCAGCUAUUAACAGGAUGGCAGCGGUUACCUGCCCCACGUAAAGUCACCCUUACCCCAGUCUCCUGCCCUAAGUCUGGGGAACUGCUUGACAAAGGCUUGAUAGUAUGGUUUUCAGGUCCUCGUAGUUUUACAGGAGAGGAUUGCUGUGAAUACCAUGUGCAUGGGGGUCCAGCUGUGGUCAGGGGUGUACUGCAGGCUUUGGGGAGUAUACCAACACUGCGUCCAGCAGAGCCAGGGGAGUUCACUAAACGGGCCUUCCAAAAUGGUAAGCUGGAUCUGACUGAGGUAGAAGGCCUUGGUGACCUUAUCCAUGCAGACACGGAGUUUCAAAGAAGGCAAGCGCUGAGGCAGAUGUCUGGAGAACUUGGAAACCUAUAUCAAGGAUGGAGUCGCAGACUGGUCAAGGCACUUGCACAUAUUGAAGCAUUCAUAGAUUUUAGUGAAGAUGAUAAUGUGGAAGAUGGGGUUCUUAUUGCAGUUGAUGAGCAGGUCAAAAGGCUUCGAAAUGAGCUGGCGCAACAUCUUACCGACAGUCGACGAGGGGAAAGGUUAAGAGACGGGGUUCACGUUGUCCUUUCAGGAGCCACCAAUGCUGGAAAAAGCAGUCUUCUGAAUGUCAUAAGUCAGAAACCUGCUGCCAUUGUCUCUCCCAUUCCUGGCACCACCCGUGAUGUGGUUGAGACUAUGCUGAAUAUUGGAGGUUACCCCAUUAUAUUGAGUGACACAGCUGGGCUUAGGGCUUCAGAUGAUCCAGUAGAGAUGGAAGGAAUACGAAGAGCAAAGGAGCGGCAGGGCGAUGCCGACAUCCUUGUAGUAGUGAUAGAUGCCAGCGAAGUUCCUCUUAACAAGGACGCCUUACUCAACCAUUGGCAAAGUCUCUUAUGUUCCACUUCUCAAGCAGAAAACCUUGGUGACGUAAUCAUCGUUCUUAACAAGGUGGAUCUUCUGACCCAGUCAGCCCUCAUCAGCCUGCAGGAGCUUUGUGAAGGUCCUAAAAUACCCCCUGUGUGCUUUUUGUCCUGCCACACUGGUCAAGGAGUCAGCGAUUUCCUAGACAUUCUCCAAGGGAGCCUUGAAAACAUCUGUGGGGACCCUCUGGAAGGAUCUCCCAGUAUCACACAGAUGCGGCAUCGAUUACACUUGACCUCCUGUCUGGAUGCUCUUGGGCAGUACCCUGUGUAUCGGGAACAAGAUCUAGUGUUAGCUGCAGAGCAGCUUCGUGUAGCCAACAGGCAGCUGGGGUCCAUCACUGGCAAGGUUGGAGCAGAGGAGAUACUGGACAUUAUAUUCCGGGAUUUCUGUAUUGGAAAAUGACCUCAAAAGUAUUUGUCAGCGAAAAAUAGCAAGGUUACAUAAUUCUAAAGGGAACUUCCUUCUCAGAAACGUGUGAUACAUCAUCUGAUCUGUAUUACAAAUUGUACUAUUGACAUGUUUUGGGUUUUUUUGGUCCUCUUUCUUUGAUGUUACCUCUCAAAGCAUUCUGGGUUACUGAAGUAUAUAUUCCAUGUGCCAUUUAUCAAUGGAUAAAAUAUCUAUGCUGCUAUGUAUGUGUGUAUUGUAUGUAUAUACAUACCACAGGGCGGAAUAGAACGCCGUGAGAUCAUAGGUCCAUUUUACAACAUAGGUUGUUCUCUGAAAACACUCCUAGAUCAUGUGACCGUGUUUAAAAUCAUU